AUGGAGCUGUUACGGCGGUGGUUUGGCUUCGGCAAAAAGAAGUUUGAGACGCGCAAGAAUUCCAUCACCGGCCGCAAUCAUACUUUUCCCGUCCCCUAUCUUUCGCGUCUCGAAGGCGUCCAGCUCCUCCCCGGCCAGUCGCUGAUCAUCCGCGGGAUUAUUUGUGCCAGCGCCACAGCCCCAGGCCACGAACAAUUUCUCGUCAACCUCACCGGCGGACCUCGGGUUGAAAAGGAGCAGGAGAGUGAUCAGCUCGAUGAUCGGCUGCUCUCCCUCCGUGCUGACUUGAAGAAGCGGAAAAUGCACAUCAACGCCUGCAUUCAAGGAAAUUGGGGAAAAGAAGGUAUCGUGAAGAAGGGCUGGAAACCCGGGCAAGAGUUCGAUCUGCGCGUGAGGUGCCACGAUCAAGAAUUCUGCAUAUUCCUCGACCACAAACUCGUCGCGAAAUUCGCACACUACGUGCCAAUGUCCCAGAUCACCCAUCUCUACAUUAAUGGCGAUGUGGCGCUUUACAGCGUGUCGUGGGAGGGGAAAUAUUAUCAAGUCCCUUACUCGGCGGACAUCCCCGCCCAUUUCUACCCGGAGCGCAAACUGUACUUUUCCGGACUCGUCAAGAAAGACGCGAAACAGUUGACGAUCGACCUGUUCGCCGGUAACGAUAUUGGCAUGCGAAUCGAGCCCCGAUUUGCUGAGAAGAAAAUCGUUCGUAACGCGCGACUGGAAACUGAGUGGGGCAAGGAGGAGACGUGGAUAGACUGUCCGUUCCCCCUGAAACGCGGAAAGGAAUUCGACGUCAUUUUGUAUUGCGGGAAUACGGAAUUUCAGCUGUACGUAAACGACGUGUUUGUGUGUAGCUUCGAGCAUCGCGUGCCCGCCCCCUCGAUAAACCGCAUCAAUAUUGACGGUGAUCUGGAGGUGCACGGCGUUCAUAUUAAA